UGGAUUAUUUGUAAAAAUAUUGUUUUGUUCAAGAGAAAAAGUGCUUUUUCAGAAAUUCCAGGAUACGCCCUAAGUCUGCUGUAGCGAACACCUCUGUUCUAGAACAUUCGAAAAUACCUGGUACCUACUCGACUGUCAGGGGGAAUAAUCAGAGAUUCAACACCAGAAACGAGCAUCAACAUCUCUAAAGAGGCUGAUUCUAUAGCCCAUUCUUUAUCUUUCAUAAAAAUAAAUCGCAAUCGCUUCCUAGUUGAGAAGUAGGAGUUCAAAAUGAGUACGAACAGUUGACAAGAAGAACUUUUCUUUUUUUUUUUUCAUGUUUUUUAUGUUAAAAAUAAUCUCGUAAGGUAAAAAUUUAAAAAAUGCCUUCCGUGAGGAGUGUGCGACCCUGGGUUUAUUUGAUAACCCUCCUUUCGCUGAGCGCCUCCUCCUUGAGCCAACCAACCGUGACGUUCGAUUUCCGGGAAGAACAGAGCGAGAACACGGUCAUCGGCAACGUGGCGCAAGUCAGUGGUCUAGCCGCCAACGUCACGCAGGAUGUCUUCAACGGGCUGAGUUUCGAUCUGGACACGUCGGAAUAUUUUAAGAUCCAGCAGAGAACAGGUAGCCUCAGCACGAUCAAACGGAUUGACCGCGAACAGAUCCAGUCUUGCAAGGACGCCGAGGUUUGUUUGCUGAAGACGUCGGUUACGGUGUUGAAAAACGGUGGGACGGAGUUCUAUAUGUUUAUCAACGUCAAUGUUCGUAUCAUCGACAUCAACGAUAACGCUCCAAGCUUCGGUAGUGAUGUUGUGAGUCUGUCGGUGCCGGAGAACAACAACAUCGAAGACGAGCUUCGAACCGGCGCCGCGGUCGACCCGGACUACGGUUCGAAUUCCGUCGAACGCUACACAUUCACCGACACGUCGGAAACGUUUAGGGUAGAUUUACGUACCAGCCCGGACGGCUCGAAGUACUUGGCGAUUGUCAUGAGGAAAGUGUUGGACCGGGAGGUUCGUGAUUUUUACCAGAUAACUAUUGUCGCGACGGACGGAGGGUACCCUAUUAGAAGUGGUUCUGCACUUAUUAACAUAACUGUCUUGGAUGUCAACGAUAACGAUCCGGAAUUCCUCCAAAUGUCGUAUAACGAAUCCGUCAAGGAGAACACGAAAGCAAACGUGUCCAUCAUGCGCGUCCAGGCACGGGAUCCGGACGCCGGAAGUAACGGAGAAGUGAGCUACCAGUUCAGUUCCCGGGUGUCGGAUAAAAUACGGGAGACUUUUUUCAUCGAUUCGAAAACCGGGGAAAUUCUCGCGAAGGGUCCGAUAGACUACGAGCAGGACAAGCAGUUCCAGAUCACGGUGGAGGCGGUGGACAACGGGAUCCCCCAACGCUCGGCUCGCACCAGCGUCAGCCUGUACGUGCUGGACGAGAACGACAACGCCCCGAACAUCAACAUCUCACCCAGCGGCACGGAUAUCCUGGAGAGCGAUCCCAUUGAUUCUUUCAUCUCGUACAUUUCCGUCACCGACGCCGACAGCGGGCCCAAUGGCAUGUUCUCUUGUGAAAUCAACGACGACCAUUUCACCCUCGUGCCUUUCCUCAGCACCGACUCCGGCACGUACAAAGUCAUUCUGGCUAAACCCCUCGACCACGAGAAGGACUCCUCGGUCAAGGUCAUCAUCACCUGCAAGGACAACGGGUCGCCGUCGAGGUCUAGCUCCAGCGCCUUCAUCGUCAACGUCGGUGACGUCAACGACAACUACCCGGUCUUCACCCAGGAUACUUACACCGGAAGUGUGAUGGAGAACCUGAUCGGAAUGCAUUCGGUAGUGACUGUUUCCGCCCACGACGCCGACAGUGGAAACAACGGCCGCAUAACGUAUUCGCUUCAAGACAAAUUCAACGGGUUGUUCAACGUUGACCCAUAUUCCGGUGAAAUCACUGUUCGCCGGAUGCUGGACCGCGAGGCCAUGGCCAGGUACGAGUUCCACGUCUUCGCGCGUGACAACGGCAUCGGCGGUCUGUCCACGUCGUGUCUGGUCAUCGUCGACGUCGGGGACGAAAACGACGAGCCGCCGCGGUUUCCGUAUCCGGUUUAUUUCGGACACGUGCUGGAGAACCAACCCAAAGGCGUGGUAGUCGGAAACGUGACCGCCCUUGACCGCGACACCCCCGCCAACUCUAACGCGGUCUACUCCAUCCUCGAAUCCGGUUCCGACUACCGGUUUUUCACGAUCGACCCGAAAAACGGCGUUGUCAAGAGCAACGCGGUGUUCGACCGCGAAGUCCGUGACCGGUACCAAAUGGUCAUCAGCGUCCGCGAUCCCGACAUGCCCUCGUUCAUCAGCACGUGCAACUUCACGGUCAACGUCCUGGACGACAACGACAACGACCCCGUCAUCCACCUCACCACGGAAGACAACGCCACCAUCGUUGUCCAGUAUUCCGUCCCCGUCGGCUCGGUCAUCACCACCAUCUCCGCCACCGACAGCGACGACCCCUCCUCCACCAACUCCCAGAUCAACUACAUCAUCACCAGAGGCGAUCCGGACCAGCUCUUCAACCUCAACCGCUUCACCGGAAGUUUAACCCUCGCGAGGAUUGUCACCACUAAAGACUUAAAAGCCCAUUAUCUCGUCAUUAAAGCCCAAGAUGGCGGCGACCCCCCGCGGUUCGACACGAUGGAAAUCAUCAUCAAAAUCAACGGCACCAUACCUCCUGUGGACGAAGCCGGACUCAGCUCCAACAUCCUUAUCGUCAUCAUACUCAUCGGCGUCACGGUAGUCCUCGGUCUAGCUAUUCUCACCACUAUCUGCCUUAUCAGAAAAAUCGACCGCGAACGGCGUCUGAAUAGCGCGCGGCAAAAAAACUCCGAGCAGUUGUACCACCAGAAACAGCCGGACGUUUUCAAGAACAUUGCCGUCAACGGAGUGGAGGAAUCGAACUCGAACGAUUUGAGUAAAAGAGGGAGGAAGGAGGUUAGCUUCUCCCUGGAUGACGAGAGUGACUCACACAAUACGAGCACGGGCUCCGCUCAUCCUCUCACGAGCUUUAAGGGAGGCACGGAUAGAACUCAAGCGAAUUCCCCCAACAAGUUGACAAUGGCUGCCACCAAAAACGGAAACGGCACGCUGAAUAUUCCCGUCAACGCUGAGAAACAAACCAACAUCAGACGCUCUCCGCAGGAGGAGGAGGUCCAUUUGAUGGAGAUGUUGAAGAAGAGCGCCGCUGAAGAUGCGCUCAGCGAGUCCAGCGGGGGCUCCGACCCCAGCGACAGUGGUCGAGGGGGUAGUGAGGACGAUAGCAGCCACAGGGGGUCGGGUUUGGAUCCCGAGCACGCCCCUUAUUUCAACAUCUACUCCAGGGACAAAGUGCUCCAACCCAACGGAUACGGCCCGCAUCACAACGGUCUAAACCCGCCCAAGCCAUCACGACAGACAUCCCAUAAUUCCAACAAAGGGAAGCAAAUCCGACAGUCUCCAUCCCACCCGUCUCCGCACCGCUCGCUGUCUUCCGGCAUCGAUUCGGAUUUCUCCGAUAGCUCUAAAAAUAGAUCCGAGUUCGAUAACUCGCCGGUGGGCAAUUACAGCCGCCCAAACUUCCGAGGAAGCGUCAGGCCGGUGAGCCAGAUGCUGCCCCCGCGCACCCGGGAUCAGUACUCCUCCCGCACCCUGACCCAAGACUCCCCCAACCGCUUGGCGGCGCCCUACAAGAACAACGGCGCCAUGAUGCGUUCCUUUCAAGGAAACCCCGGGAACUUCCCCAGCAUCCAACACACCAACAGCGUCAGCGCGGAGCGUCUUUCCCACAUGGGAACCGGCGCCCACGCCCCUGGUGAAAAAGCGUACCACUACUCGGAUAGGACUUACCCGUCGCACCCCAAAUGGAGCAACCGUUCCAGCUUCCAAGAGGAGGACGACAGAACGACGACUUCCGGGAGUUACACCAUCAACCCGGAGGAGCUGAGGCAGGAAAUAGACAAUCUCAUACUCCGAGAUUCCGUCGUGUAGUGAGGGGAGGGAGUAUCAUGUCGUGUAGUGUAGUGUCGUGAAGUAGAGAAGCAUUGAUGGUCAUUUGAAAAUGAACUUGUUCCUCUGCCCUCGAUUAUACUUCAUCAAACUUUUCUCGUGAUAGUAAUGAACCUCCCGUUAGUAAAAAAAUAAUUCCCAUUGGCGAACGUACAGGAGGUGUAAAAAUAAAAACAUUCCAUAGUCCUAGUUAUUAAGGAUGUGUUCUUCUUUAGAAAUAUCGUAUUUCAUAGUUCUUGAUUUUUUAAAAUUAUGUUAAAUGAAUCAAAAUCAAAAUAUGUUUUACAUAAACGAUGUCGUUUUUCUCUUCAACAAAAUUAGCCAUGAGCAUUAGGCUAAUAAAAGUAGCACGGUAAAUGCUACAUUGUUUUUUGAUAUAAUGAAAGAGAUGAUUCACUGUUGAGGAUAAGAAAUCUGAACAUUAUAUUAUUUAAAAAAUGAACAUUGCAUUGUUACAGGUUGUAUAUUGUUAGUGUAUUCAUUGAAAUCAGUAAAGAUGAAACCUAUAUUAAGUUCUCAUGUAAGUAAUAUCCUGAACAUAAUUUUAUUGAAAGUAAAAAAACUGGAUUUUACAUAAUAGUAAGUAAUGGACGGUG